GGCAGCAGAGGCUUGGCGCUGGAGAUGGGGAUGCGGUGGGCCACUUCGGGCUGGGCGGCUGGGCUGCUCGUGCUGUUGCUGAGGUCCUUCGGGCUUGUGGAGCCUUCGGAGCACUCAGAUAAUGAUCCAUUCACCAUCGUCAAUGAAAACACCGGCAAGUGCAUCCAGCCUCUGUCUGACUGGAUAGUGGCACAGGACUGUAGUGACGCUAAAACCGGGUUAUGGAAGUGGGUGUCUCAGCACCGACUCUUUCACCUGGAAUCCCAAAAGUGCCUUGGCCUAGAUAUUACCAAAGCCACAGACAACCUGCGAAUGUUCAGCUGUGACUCCAACGCCAUGCUGUGGUGGAAAUGUGAGCACCAUUCUCUGUACACCGCUGCCCAGUACAGGCUGGCUCUGAAAGACGGCUAUGCCGUAGCCAGUACCAAUUCGUCUGAUGUCUGGAAGAAGGGAGGCUCCGAGGAAAACCUUUGUGACCAUCCUUACCACGAGAUAUACACCAGAGAUGGGAACUCCUACGGGAGGCCUUGUGAAUUCCCUUUCUUGAUUGGUGAGACAUGGUACCAUGACUGCAUUCAUGAUGAGGAUCAUGGUGGGCCAUGGUGUGCCACUACCCUAAGUUAUGAAUAUGAUCAAAAGUGGGGUAUCUGCCUACUACCAGAAAACGGCUGUGAAGGUAAUUGGGAAAAGAAUGAGCAGAUUGGAAGUUGCUACCAAUUUAAUAAUCAGGAAGUUCUAUCUUGGAAAGAAGCUUAUGUUUCCUGUCAGAACCAAGGAGCUGACUUACUGAGUAUCCACAGCGCUGCAGAAUUAGCCUAUAUUACAGGAAAAGAAGACAUUGCUAGAGUCGUUUGGCUUGGACUGAAUCAGCUCUAUUCUGCUAGAGGCUGGGAAUGGUCAGACUUCAAGCCACUCAAAUUUCUUAACUGGGAUCCAGGCAUGCCCACUGCACCUGUGAUUGGUGGAUCAAGCUGUGCAAGAAUAGACACAGAGUCCGGGCUGUGGCAAAGUGUUUCCUGCGAAUCUCAGCAGCCUUACGUCUGCAAGAAGCCAUUGAACAACACGGUGGAGCUCCCAGAUGUUUGGACGUACUCAGAUACCCACUGUGAUGGGAGCUGGCUGCCAAAUAAUGGCUUUUGCUAUCUGCUGACAAAUGAAAGUUAUUCCUGGGACACCGCACGUUUGAAAUGCAAAGCCUUGGGAGCAGACCUCAUCAGCAUUCACUCCUUAGCGGAUGUGGAGGUGGUUGUCACAAAACUCCAUCACGGGGAUGUCAAAGAAGAGAUAUGGACAGGCCUUAAGAACACAAACAGCCCCGCUUUGUUCCAGUGGUCAGACGGAACGGAAGUUACUCUAACAUACUGGAAUGAGAAUGAGCCGAGUGUUCCCUACAAUAAGACUCCCAACUGCGUUUCCUAUUUAGGAAAGCUAGGUCAGUGGAAAGUCCAGUCCUGUGAAAAGAAACUCAGAUACGUAUGCAAGAAAAAGGGAGAAAUAACUACGGAUGCACGGUCUGAUAAGCUGUGUCCCCCAGAUGAGGGCUGGAAGAGACAUGGAGAAACCUGUUACAAGAUUUAUGAGAAAGAGGUUCCUUUCGGAAUGAACUGCAACCUGACCAUCACCAGCAGGUUUGAGCAGGAAUUCUUGAAUGAUAUGAUGAAGAACUACGAUAAGUCCCUCCAGAAGUACUUCUGGACUGGCCUGAUAGACACUGACUCCCGAGGAGAGUACAGUUGGGCUGUUGCUGGGGGAGUAAAGCAGGCUGUGACCUUUUCCAACUGGAAUUUUCUUGAACCGGCGUCUCCAGGUGGGUGUGUGGCCAUGUCUACUGGAAAGACUCUUGGCAAGUGGGAAGUGAAGAACUGCAGAAGUUUCCGAGCACUUUCAAUAUGCAAGAAAAUGAGGGGACCCCAGGAGCCCGAGGAAGCAGCCCCCAAGCCCGACGACCCCUGUCCUGAAGGUUGGCACACUUUCCAGUCCAGCCUUUCUUGUUAUAAGGUGUUCCAUAUAGAAAGAAUCGUAAGAAAGAGGAACUGGGAAGAAGCCGAAAGAUUCUGCCAAGCCCUUGGAGCGCACCUACCCAGCUUCAGUCAUAGGAGUGAAAUUAAGGACUUUGUUCAUUUGUUAAAGGACCAGUUCAGUGGACAGCGUUGGUUGUGGAUAGGUCUGAAUAAAAGAAGCCCUGAUUUACACGGGUCCUGGCAAUGGAGUGAUCGUACACCAGUAUCUGCUGUGAUCAUGGAGCCCGAGUUUCAACAGGAUUAUGACAUCAGAGACUGUGCUGCUGUCAAGGUACUUGACACACCUUGGCGAAGAACCUGGCAUCUCUACGACGACUGGAGGGACUAUGCUUAUUCGAAGCCUUUUGCUUGUGAUGCAAAACUUGAAUGGGUGUGCCAGAUUCCAAAAGGUAGCACUCCCCAGACGCCAGACUGGUAUAAUCCAGAGCGCACUGGAAUUCAUGGGCCCCCAGUUAUAAUCGAAGGAAGUGAAUACUGGUUUGUUGCUGAUCCCCACUUAAACUAUGAAGAAGCCGUCUUAUACUGUGCUAGCAAUCACAGCUUUCUCGCCACGAUAACAUCUUUUACAGGACUAAAAGCUAUCAAAAACAAAAUAGCAAAUAUAUCUGACGAUGAACAGAAGUGGUGGGUGAAAACGACCGAGAAUCCAAUUGAUCAUUACUUUCUAGGCUCGAGGCGACGCCUGUGGCACCGUUUUCCCAUGAUGUUUGGAGAUGAAUGUUUGCACAUGUCAGCCAAGACGUGGCUUCUUGACUUAAGUAAACGAGCAGACUGUAAUGACAAGUUGCCCUUCAUCUGUGAAAAAUACAAUGUAUCUUCAUUAGAGAAAUAUAGUCCAGACCCUGCAGCUAAAGUACAGUGCACUGGGAAAUGGAUAGCUUUUCAGAAUAAGUGCUUUCUAAAGGUCAACUCUGAGCCCGUUACGUUUUCUCAAGCAAGCAGCGUUUGUCAUUCCUACGGUGGCACCCUCCCUUCUGUGCUGAGCCGGAGUGAACAAGAUUUUAUUAUAUCCUUGCUCCCGGAAAUGGAAGGCAGCCUAUGGAUUGGUCUGCGCUGGAGUGCCUAUGAAAGGAUAAGCAAAUGGACAGAUGACCGAGAGCUGACCUACAGCAACUUUCACCCGCUGCUGGUCGGUCGGAGGCUGAGCAUACCAACAAAUUUCUUUGAUGAUGAGUCUCACUUCCAUUGUGCCUUGAUUCUUAAUCUCAAAAAGUCACCGCUUACUGGGACCUGGAAUUUUACUUCCUGUUCAGAACGCCACUCUCUGUCUCUCUGUCAGAAGUACUCAGAAACUGAAGACAGACAGCCCUGGGAGAACACUUCAGAAACUGUGAAGUAUCUAAAUAACCUGUACAAAAUCAUCUCAAAACCCUUGACUUGGCACGGUGCUCUGAAGGAGUGUCUGAAGGAGAGCAUGCGGCUGGUGAGCAUCACAGACCCUUACCAGCAGGCCUUCCUCUCGGUGCAGGCCUCUCUGCGCAACACCUCCUUCUGGAUCGGACUCUCCAGCCAAGAUGAUGAACUCAACUUUGGUUGGUCAGACGGGAAACGCCUUCAUUUCAGUAACUGGGCUGGAAGCAAUGAGCAACUUGAAGACUGUGUGAUCUUAGACACGGAUGGAUUCUGGAAAACAGCCGACUGUGAUGAUAACCAGCCGGGUGCCAUUUGCUACUAUCCAGGAAAUGAGACUGAGGAGGAGGUCAGACCACUGGACAGUGCUAAAUGUCCGUCUCCCGUGCAGAGCACCCCAUGGAUACCAUUCCAGAACUCAUGCUACAAUUUCAUGAUCACAAAGAACAGGCAUAAGACGGUCACUCCAGAGGAAGUGCAGUCCAUGUGCAAGAAGCUGCAUUCGAAAGCACAUAGUCUGAGUAUUCGAAAUGAGGAGGAGAAUACUUUUGUUGUGGAACAGCUUCUGUACUUCAAUUACAUUGCCUCAUGGGUCAUGUUAGGAAUAACCUAUGAAAACAAUUCUUUGAUGUGGUUUGAUAAAACUGCAUUGUCCUACACACACUGGAGAAUGGGAAGACCGACUGUGAAAAAUGGCAAAUUUUUGGCUGGUCUAAGUACUGAUGGCUUCUGGGAUAUUCAGUCCUUCAAUGUUAUUGAAGAAACACUUCGUUUUUACCAGCACAGCAUUUUUGCUUGUAAAAUUGAAAUGGUUGACUAUGAGGACAAACACAAUAGCACCCUGCCACAGUUCAUUCCAUAUGAGGACAACAUCUAUAAUGUUAUUCAGAAGAAGGUGACAUGGUAUGAAGCAUUGAAAGUGUGCUCUCAAAGUGGGGGACAGUUGGCAAGUGUUCACAACCCAAAUGGGAAGCUCUUUCUGGAAGACAUUGUGAACCGUGAUGGAUUCCCUCUCUGGGUUGGACUCUCAAGUCAUGAUGGAAGCGAAUCGAGUUUUGAGUGGUCUGACGGCAGUGCAUUUGACUACAUCCCGUGGAAGAGCCCACAACCUCCUGGAGAUUGUGUCGUCUUAUACCCAAAAGGAAUUUGGAGACGUGAAAAAUGCCUGUCUGUUAAGGAUGGUGCUAUUUGUUACAAGCCUACAAAAUCUAAAGAGCUGUCCUCUAAGGCACAAUCAUCAAAAUGCCCAGUGACAAAGAGGGGAGGUUCCCAGUGGAUCCAGUAUGGGGGUCACUGUUACUCAUCUGACCAGGCAUUGCACAGCUUCUCAGAGGCCAAACAGUUGUGUGAAGAACUUGAUCAUUCGGCGACUGUUGUCACCAUAGCAGAUGAAAAUGAGAAUAAGUUUGUGAGCAGACUGAUGAGGGAAAAUUACAACAUUACUAUGAGAGUUUGGCUUGGCCUGUCUCAGCAUUCACUUGAUCAGUCUUGGAGUUGGCUCGAUGGGUUAGAUGUGACAUUCAUUAAAUGGGAAAAUAAAAGUAAGGAUGGCGACGGGAAAUGUAGCGUUUUAAUAGCUUCAAAUGAAACCUGGAGAAAAGUUGAAUGUGCGCGUGGCUAUGCAAGAACUGUCUGCAAAAUUCCUCUGAGCCCGGAUUACAGAGGCAUAGCCAUCCUGUUCGCUGUGCUGAGUGUCUUAGCGCUCAUCAGCGGACUGAUUUGGUUCCUCUUGCAAAGAUCCCAUUUCCGCUGGUCAGGCUUCUCUUCGGUUCGGUAUGAGCAUGGAGCCAAUGAAGACGAGGUGAUGCUCCCUUCGUUCCACGACUAAGUUCUUCUGAGUUUGUUCAUUGACACUGGAUGUUCCGGAAGCGAGAUGAGCCACUUAACAUUGUCCUGCAAUCAGUGUUUACUAUGUUUCUAAGUAGAAGUCUUAGCAAUGCGUUCAGUGAGUGAGUUACUCAGCUGCGGCCCUAACAGCCAGCCGAGCUAAGGAGUCGGUUGCCAGAGCAGAGAGGACGUAAAGCCAAAGUGGAUGUUCAGAUUGUUUACAGACAGAUAAAUUUAGCUAAUGUGAAUUUUCUCUGUAAGAAUGCAGUUGCUAAGUAGAUAUGUACAUAUUUUAAUAGCAUUUUAACAGCCUCAUAGGAAAUUAACUCUGUCAGUACUAGUAGGCUCCACAUCUACCUUUUAUGAGCAUCUAACCAAAUGUAAAGUUAGUACCUCAGGCAAAAACUCAACUAUAAAUAAGAUUGAUGAUGCUUCAAAAUAGCACUGGGAAAAAAAUACAAACUAAGGCAUAUUUUUUACACAGAAAAUGGAGCCUCUUGGAAGAUGUUCCUUAUAUUAUUUCAAAGAUAUUUAUACUGGUAUUAAUUAAUUGUUACAUUUCUUUUUUAAUUACUUAUACUCAGUGGGGUUUUUUUGUUUUUGUUUUUUUUUGUUUGUUUGGUUUUUUUUUACUUAAAGUUAAUGCUUCCUAAAGUUGGGAAUGUUACCAUUAAAUUGACUAGGCAUGCUGUAUCAGCAUGUCUGCGUUUGGUGAUUUUCUUUUCUACAAGGACCUAAUUACAGAUGAGACUUAAACUUUUACAGUUUAUGUAUUUCACAUAGGAGAUCAACUUUUUGUUGGUGGUGGCAGAGUUUUUUGUUUUGUUUUGUUGAUAUUUUGGUUUGGUUUGGU